AUGGCCGAGGAACGUGAUAUGUCGCUUUGCAGUACCUGCUCGUCUAUUGAUCUCCUCAACAUCCCCACAUACCCGGAAAAAUACAUGCUGAACAAGGGAUCCAUCUUUAGACCCACCUUGAGUUUGUUGCAACUCUGGGGUCCUUGGAAAGAAGACGAAGUAUCGCAAUUUGGCGUUCAGUUCCAUCGAACUUUCGAAGACCUGUUGAACGCAUCAACAGAUUGCGCCGUCUGUGUCGCGGUGCUCAACGGCGCUUACGUCUUCAAGAGCUGGCUUGCCCAAUUGAGCAGGCAGAAUAAUGAUGGACAUAUCAGCAAGUACCUCAAGGACGGCUCAGUUUGGGAGAUGCAACUCGUCAAAUACUCCGAGGACACGGACAAUAUCUUGGUCAUAUCCUUCGACGCGGAGCAGGAUGCCAUCAAUCUCAUUGGCGACGUGAAUUUGCCGACCAGAGUUCUCGACGUCGGCAUCCAAGACGACCAAACGAACAUCAAGCUGUGCGAGGUCCGACACGCACCUGGAAAAUACGCCGCCUUGAGCUACAUGUGGGGUCAAGGAAAAGAUCAUUUCCGGACCACCCUUGCCAGUCUCGAAGAACACAAGUCGGGCAUCGAUAUGAAGGUCAUGCCCCAGACAUUUCAAGAUGCUAUCGUCACGACGCGAAGAUUGGGAUUACGCUACCUCUGGAUUGACGCACUCUGGUUAGUACUCUUCAUCUACAAGAAUCCCAAUGUCCGGAAAGGUGUGCUCUGA